AUGUAAUUAUAAUAAUAAAGAAAAAAAGAAAAUGAGUAAGGAUCAUUGACAGAUAAGUUUGUGUAGAAAAUAUAAGAAUUGAUGGGUUUAUAUUUAGACUUAAUGACAACAGCCCCAAAAGUGGAAUUGACUGAGAAUUUAUUCAGGGCCACUAUAAUAUUUUAAUUUAUGUUCCGACUUCACUAUUUAUUACCAGAAGAUGGAUGGGGAGUGUGGACUUAUGAAGACUUUAAGAUCAAAAUACCUUAAUAGAUUUUAUCGACAAUAUUUCAUCAGAAUGCAAUUAUACUAAAAAUAAUACUCAUCAUAUUGAAUGGUUGUUGUUUAGUGAUGAGCUUUAUGCGGAUAAAAUUGAUGUACUAUUACAACAAUGUCACUUGGCAUAUCUUUUUUAUGCCUCAAGUUUCAAUACUCAUAGAUUUUGAAUCAGAUCCAACCCUUUCAAUUGUAGCUAUUUUUUUAUUGUUACUUCAAUCUUUUAUAAAUUUAUACUUCAACAGAGCAACCAAAUUCUUACAUAACAAUCCAUUUAUAAGAAAGUAUACUAAUCUUACACUUGUUUCUAUAGCUAUUGAUACUCUUUGCUACAUGAACUUCCAGUUUUAUUUGAUUAGAUUGAUAUUGCUUCAUUUUUCAACAAUCGUUUAGAUAGUUGAUGUCUAUACAUUUCAUCCCUACAAACCUAUGUUCAAUUCAUUUGUAUUUCAAUGUUCCAUGCUACAAUACUCUCUCAUUUCAAUCACCACUAUAUCAAUUAUUCAAUAAUCAGAGAACAAUUUAUUUUAUUCAUACUUCCUAUUCGGUACAUUCUCUGUGGCAUUGUCAUAAAUAAUUAUAGAGAAAUGUUCUAAAAAGCAAACUUUUGAUUAGUAUUUUGUCCUGGUCCAAACUUAAUCGUUGUACUUGGCAUCAAAUUUUUAGAAGACAAUACUGAUUAAUCAACAUAAAUAGAAUUGCAAAUUUAAACAUUAAACCAAUUUAACUGAAACCAUUAUUUGCAUACUUGAAAACUCAAUCAUUAAAAAUAAGCAAAUAAAAUUGGAUUAUGAAAUCUUAGAAUUAGCCUUGAUUAAUUUCUUAUCCUUAUAGAAGGCUGCAUUAACGGCCUUCUGUAGACUAAAAUAGUACUAUAAUGCUAUUGAUGAUCAUACAAUUUAUUUUUAAAUAUGCUUUCCAAACAUCGACAAGAAAUUAUGGAAGAGAGUGAGAGAUGUUUAGAAUAGAAUUACUAAACAAAUAAGAUCUACUCAAUAUUAUGAUGAAAGGGAUUUGAAAACAAAGGAUAUAUAUAUUGCUUGUUUGAUGAAAGAUUAAUUUUACCCAAAAAUCUUAGAAGUCCUCAAUAGAAAACUUGAAUUCUGGAAUAAAUUAUUGUCUGAUCUUUCAAAUUAUGAAAGACUCUUUGAACACACAAUCAAAUGUAGCCAAGUAAUGAAUGAUUUUAACAACUAUCUCACAAAUCUAUUCUCUUAAGAUCUAGAUGAAAUUUAAAAUGUUAAGACUGUUAUUGAAUUGAAAAUGCUAGAAAUCUAUUUUUGUGUAGUCAGAAACGAUCAGGUUUAAGCGACAAAAAUGUAGAAACUCAUUAUUGAGAUGCUUAGAUAAGAAACACAACAAGAUGGAAAACUCUUAAAUUGCAGUAUCCUGGAUAAUAAAGUUGUGUUAUUGUACACGAGCAUUGUUAAAGCUUAAGGAUUUAUAAUUAAGACUAAUAGUGAUUUAUUGGCACAGUUUUGGGGGUAUGAAAAUGAAUUAGAUUUCCAUGAAAUUAAACAUAUCAAUUAACUGAUGCCAAACUUUUGUGCAUCUGUCCAUGAUUAAUACAUUGAGAGGUUUUAAAUAUUAGGUCAUAGUAUUCUUUUUGGGAAAUGUAGAACUAUCUUUCUUAAAGAUAAAUAUGAUCUACUCAUUCCAGCCAGCAUCACUAUUGAUAACUUCUUUAUCAGCUAUGAUGAUUAUGUCAUUACUGCUGCCUUUGCCAAAAAUAAAGAAACAUCCUUAUAUAUACUGUUUGAUUCCAAAGGUAAGAUACUUGGAGUCACUUAAUUAUUGUAUAAAGUAUUUCAUUCCAUAGAUCCAACAGUCACACCGGAAAUAUUGAAUGCUGGGUAUAUAUUUCAGAUUAUUCCCAAUAUUUUCUAUUUGGUGAACAAUCAUACUAAUUCUGAAUUUGAUAAUCUUCCUUAUGAAGAAAGGAUUCUAUUGAUGAUUGGUAGUCCAAUUAAAUAGUAGUUCGACAGACCAAUUAAUUCAUCUAAACAUAAGGGAUAUUAUGAUGGUCUUUGGACUCUUUAUGAAGAUACUAAAAAUCACAAAACUGAGAUGUUUCUCCAAGAGUAUUAAGAUUCUUGUAAACAAUAAAUAAAUCAUGAAUUAAAGACUAUCAAUUUUGAAAUCAUAUGUCAACUUCAUUAUUAGUUAAUUGGUCAUUAUAAAACUAUGCCAAUGUUUACUUUAGAAAUUUUGGAUAUAUUCAAAGCAGACUUAUAAUCCAGUUUAGAUUACUCAUCAGACAUUGAAAUUAAAACUAAUGAUGCAUUUGAACCAGAUCCAGUUGACUUAAGUUCCAUUUAAGAAGAGAGUUACAAGAAGGUGAAUUAAAAUGAUUUGACAUCAAUUGACCCUCCUUUAAAAAUAAAUCCUGAUGUUUCCUAUACUAAAGGGAGAUUUGAAUAACAAAAAAAUGAGUAGACUACAAAAAGUAAUAAAUAAUUCAUGAAGCCUUAAUCCCAAAAGGCUAUAUUUUAAGUGAUCAAAUAAAAGAAUUUAAAUGAAGAUCUGAAAAGCAUAGAAGAGGAAAUGAAAGUUAUCAAGGCUAAUAAAAAUUACAACUAAAAACAAUUUAUUGUUAAAGAGAGGUAACAUGACGAAGAACAUAAAAGUUCAGAAAAAAUAACCAAAAGAAAGAACAUUAUUGAUUAAAUCUAAGAAAAACAUAAGCAAGAUAUCAAUGAAAUGGAUGCUGUUAAUUCAGUGAACUCCAUUGCUUCUAACUUAAUCAAUUACAAAUAAGAUCUUGUGAAAAGUGUGUACAAAUCAAACAAAAUUCUUUAUUCGCUUAAAAUGAUCAUUAUCUUUGAUCUAAUGAUUAUCGCCUCAAUAUUAGUGUUUAACAUAUUUCCUAUGAUUACAAUUCAUAAUAACAACCUCCAUGCAAUUGAAUAGAUUGAUGCUAUAAUGGCUCCAUAUUUAUAUAACUCCUAUUACUGUUAAUUAUAUGUUCACAAUAUGAUUUUUGAAUUGCAAAAGCUCUAAAUUGUGGAUUAUAGUCAAGAAUUAAUUAAUGACAUAGAAGCAAUUAAUAAAAAUAAUACACUCCUUCAAGACCUAAGCAAAUAUUACCCAGUCUUUUUAGAAAUUGAGAAACUAGACUACUUUCCUACAUUAAAUAUUAGUUUCAUAAUACUGCAGAUCAAAUGA